AUGGAUUAUACCAACAUAAUCACUGUGAAACUCGAUCUGAGAAAUAACAACCUCCAUAUUUUACCAAGGGGGGCAUUUCUGCACACGCCGUACCUCACCCACCUCAACCUGCAGCGCUGCAACAUCAUCAAGGUGAAGGAGGGCGCCCUCCGCGCUCUCGGACGACUGGUCUUGCUCAACCUGGCUUACAACAAAAUUGACCUUCUUUACCAGGAGUCAUUUGAUGGCCUCUCGUCCCUAAAGGAGCUGCAUCUGGACCAUAACCAGAUCGAGGAGAUCCAGCCUGGAGCUUUCUCACAGCUUGGCCCCCUCAACAUGCUGGCCCUGAACCACAACCAGCUGGUUUACAUCCCCAACAUGGUCUUCCAGGGCUUACAAAACAUCAAAUGGCUUCGGAUGGGCCACAACUCCCUGAACAACCUGGCUCCUGAAGCGUUUGCUGGUCUGUUCACGCUCAACCGCCUCAGCCUGGAGCACAAUGAGCUGCAGUUCUUCCCCACACAGACCAUGAUGAGACUCCCUGAAGUCACACGUCUGGAUAUGAGCUACAACCCCAUGACCUACCUCGGUGAAGAGGCUGUCUCCAUGAAGAAACUCAGACACCUCCUUCUCCAUCACAUGUCACUCCAGGAUUUAUCUGACCAGGCUUUCUCCAAAGCCCCCUUCCUCUCCCAUGUGGACCUCAGCUUCAACCAGCUCCGUUACAUAGAGCCCCUCUCUGGUCCGAAAGAGUUAAACGUCCUAAACCUGAAUGGAAACCCAAUACACUGUAACUGCUACUUAAAGCCUCUGAAAGAGUGGGCGACCGCCAGAGGAGUGAAGCUGCUGGGAGCGUGCACCGGACCACCACAUCUGUCUGAGGAGUUGCUGCAGGAAGUGAGCUCGUCAGAUUUACGCUGUCAUGGUGGGAGUGACAGUCAGGAGGAGAAGACGGAGGAAGAGGAGGAGAAGCAGGAAAGCAAAGGAAACAUCACAGUCACAGCCAAGCCCAAGCAGAGAGUCAAAUGCCCACCUAAAUGUGAAUGUGAUACUGAAACACAUCAUGCCACAUGUGAAGCCCAAGGUCACACCAAAGUUCCCAGAGGCUUCCCAGCAAAGACGCAGCUCCUCGAUCUCCGUGGAAACCACUUCCACUACAUUCCAGCUCUCAGCUUCCCAGGCACCGUUCAAGUGGUUUCUCUUCACCUGGAAUCCUGCAGAAUCCGUGAAAUCGAAGGCGGCGCCUUCCAGGGAAUGAACCACCUGCUUUAUUUGUAUCUCUCUGACAACAACCUCACAUUGUUGGAUCCAAAGAUCUUUGCUGGAAUCCAAAACCUCACCUAUCUCCACUUGGAGGGGAACCAGCUGACACAGUUCCCUGGAUCAGCCCUGUCCCUCGUACCAAAUUUGUUUGUGUUACACCUGGAGCGUAACAACAUUUCCAAACUAGAGCCUUCUGGUUUGCUGUCUUCUGUGACUCCUACUCUUAGGGAACUGUACUUGAGUAACAACAGUAUCAGUGUGAUUACCAGAGGUGCUCUUAGCUCUGCUUCCAUUGGAAGUCUUUACCUGGAUUCCAAUCAGCUCAUUGAGGUACCGACUUCCGCUCUAACCGGCGCCCCAAACCUGGAGGAGCUCAGCUUAUCUCAAAAUCCCAUUCUGAGGGUUGAACGAAAAGCAUUCCAGCCCUUAUCCCAGAGUCUCAAACGUCUUUACAUGGAUCAAAUGGGAAUGGAAAAGAUAUCUCAAGAUGCAUUGCAGGACCUGGGCUCAGUUCUUAGAAUCCUGACUGUGAGAGGAAACCGGCUGAAGGAGCUUCCUGACCUGAGGCCUCUCACCAGCCUGGAAGGGGUGGACCUGCGAGACAACCCUCUGCUGUGCAGCUGUGCCUUGCUCCCCCUACGCAGGUGGAUGGAGACUGUGAGAUUUGAAGUUUCAGCAACUUGUGGUAACCCUCCUGACCUCAGAGGUCAGCAGGUCAGAGAUGCUGAUGUCUUCACAUCCUGCCUAGAAAAUGCCUCCAUGAACCAGAAGGGCAGCAGAGAGCCCAGACCUUUGAAAACAAAGAAGUCCAAACCAGGUUCCUUGAAGCCUCCCAAAGAGAAAGCUGGACCCGUUAACUCUAAACUGAGCAAAUCAUCUAAGAAAAAGUCACAGAAAAAGUCAGCGACAUCUAAAAUGACUAUAAGCAAGAUUACGUUUUAAUAAAACAGAUUCUUUUUUGGAGGUACUUUCUUUUCACAGCUUGUUCUGGAUGCAAACAUUAACAAAAAGU